AUGGCUUCCAAUACAACAGUGAAAUGUCCACCACCCAUGAAAGCUACAUCUAACGGGGUCUUUCAAGGGGACAAUCCUCUUGAUUAUGCGCUUCCUCUUGUGAUAUUGCAAAUAUGCCUGGUUGUAGUGCUAUCCCGAGUGCUUGCCUAUCUUCUCAGACCACUAAGACAGCCUCGUGUGAUUGCUGAGAUAAUUGGAGGAGUCCUACUUGGUCCUUCAGCUUUAGGGCGCAACCAUAAGUAUCUUAAUGCUCUUUUUCCACCCAGAAGCCUUACAGUUUUGGACACCCUUGCCAACCUUGGUCUCCUUUUCUUUCUGUUCCUUGUUGGCCUUGAGCUGGAUCCAAGGUCUCUAAAACGUACUGGGAAGAAGGCGUUAAGCAUUGCCCUGUCAGGAAUCAGUGUUCCAUUUAUUUUAGGAAUUGGGACCUCAUACGUGCUUCGAGGAACUAUUUCCCAAGGUGUAAGUCAUGGUCCAUUUCUGGUUUUCAUGGGAGUAGCACUUUCUAUCACUGCCUUUCCUGUCUUGGCACGUAUUUUGGCAGAACUUAAGCUUUUAACCACCGAUCUUGGACAAAUAGCCAUGUCCGCUGCAGCAGUCAAUGAUGUGGCUGCUUGGAUUCUACUUGCUCUGGCUAUUGCCCUAUCAGGAAAAGACAGUUCUCCCCUCGUUUCAUUGUGGGUCUUCUUGUGUGGGUCUGGUUUCAUAAUUCUAUGCAUAUUUGUUGCCCCACCUAUCUUCAAAUGGAUGGCACGACGCUGCCCUGAGGGUGAGCCAGUAAAUGAGAUAUAUGUAUGUGGUACACUGGUUGCUGUUUUGGCUGCUGGAUUUGUGACAGAUUCCAUAGGAAUUCAUGCUCUCUUUGGGGCAUUUGUUCUUGGAGUUCUUGUCCCAAAGGAGGGACCCUUUGCAGGCGCUCUAGUGGAAAAGGUGGAGGAUCUUGUGUCUGGCCUGUUUCUUCCAUUGUAUUUUGUCUCAAGUGGACUGAAGACAAAUGUAGCCACCAUUCAAGGCGCUCAGUCAUGGGGUCUUCUUGUUUUGGUCAUUUUUACAGCUUGUUUCGGAAAGAUUGUUGGUACUGUUAUCAUCUCGAUGCUCUUCAAGUUGCCUUUUAAAGAGGCUGUUACUCUGGGUUUCCUGAUGAAUACUAAAGGUUUAGUGGAGCUCAUUGUCCUUAACAUUGGGAGAGACCGAGGCGUUCUGAAUGAUCAAACAUUUGCUAUCAUGGUUUUAAUGGCUUUAUUCACGACAUUUAUUACAACGCCUCUAGUUGUAUCCAUAUACAAGCCAGCUCAAAUGGCUUCAUCAAAACACAAGAACAGAACCAUUGAGAGGAAGGACACAGGUAGUCAACUCCGAAUAUUGACCUGUUUCCAGAGUACAAGAAACAUUCCCACGUUGAUUAAUCUCAUGGAGGCUUCACGUGGCAUUGGAAAGAGGGAAGGACUUCGCGUCUAUGCUAUGCACUUGAUGGAGCUUUCCGAAAGAUCAUCUGCAAUAUUAAUGGUCCAUAAGGCGAGGAAAAAUGGGAUGCCAUUUUGGAAUAAGUCGCAAGAUUCUGAUCCAAAUCAAAUUGUCGUUGCUUUUGAGGCAUUCCAGCAUCUUAGCCAAGUGUCUAUCCGACCAACAACUGCAAUCUCAGCAAUGUCCAGCAUGCACGAGGACAUUAGUUCAAGUGCUGCAAAGAAGAGGGUAGCAAUGAUAAUUCUCCCCUUCCAUAAGCAUCAGAGACUUGAUGGACGUUUGGAAACAACACGAGCUGACUUGAGACAUGUGAACCGGAGGGUUCUCGAGCAUGCGCCGUGUUCGGUUGGUAUCUUAGUUGACCGGGGUCUUGGUGGAACUUCACAUGUAUCUGCAAGCAAUGUUGAGUAUACUGUUGCAGUCUUCUUCUUUGGAGGCCAUGAUGAUCGUGAAGCUCUUUCCUAUGGUGCACGGAUGGCUGAGCACCCUGGCAUCAAUUUGAACGUGGUUCGAUUUACUACAGACCCUAAGGUAGCCGGGGAGACUGUCAGGCUUGAUAUUAACUAUCAGAAUCGUCCUGAAGCUAGAUCAGAGGAUGAAGAAGUUCUUGCAGAGUUCAAGGAGAAAGUAUCAAAGGACAGCUCAAUCAAAUUUGAAGAGAAGGCGAUAAAAGAUGCUCAGGAAACUAUUGACGUGAUUCGCUCAUAUAGCCGUUGCAAUCUCUUUCUAGUGGGGCGAAUGCCAGAGGGUCAAUUACUGGCAGCUUUUGACAGGAGGAGGGAAUGCUCGGAAUUGGGGCCAGUCGGGAACUUGUUAAUUUCUCCAGAUUUUUCAACCAAGGCGUCAGUUCUGGUGGUGCAGCAGUACAGGAGCCAGCUUCCACUAGAAUCACUGAAUACCCUAAGGGAACACGACACGACAGAGGGCGAGUAUGAUUCACAGUAA